AUUGAACGCAAACUUCUAUAGUGAUCAGUCAGAUGGACGCUACCCCGCCUUCGUCAAAAGUGAAUAAUUCCGUCUGCAGUAACAAAUGACGGCCUAUGUAUUUGAAGGAGAUAUCUCAAUACAUACUGUGCAUUCACCAGGAACUUGGCUGCCAAACAGGGACAACCUUUACUUGAUUAUAGAAAUAUUUAACUAUUGUAGAAGGACACGCCUAGUAGAGGCCAUAUUUCCUCUGUUGAUACACGAAAAGUUUUCUUUUAACAAGACGUUUUAUAGUGCUGAGUCAGCCUGCAAAGUAGCAGAGAGGCUCGAAGAUGAAACCGUCCGAAUUGAGCUGAGACAAAUCACGGAUGUGUACUGCGGUGGAACCCUUUUGGCUUAUUUCGAAACAACAGCAAAGGAACUUUUCUGCCCAUGCCCACAUAUGUGCUUUAGAACCUUACCAAGUAACGAAAUGGUUAUGCUCAGAACUGUGGACUUUCCGGGCGUCUCUCCGAGAAUUUCCUUCACGGUUUCAUCAACGAUCAAAUGCCACCCACCUCAGUACUACAAAGAAAAGGACUCAACUGAUUACUGCAAGGAUUGCUUUUACCGCCGCCCACUGACCUCAACUCCCAACUAUUAUCGCCCAACAGUAAACAGCGUAUUGCGCUGUCGCUAUUCGGACCUACAAGAGCCUAAGGAUUAUGUUUCUUCGGACUAUGCCAAUCACAUUGCAAGGAGGGCACACGCGCAAUAUUCGUCGUUCAAGGGACGCCGACCAAAGUCUACGGAAGACGUGUCUACUAACACAAACGGCGAGAAUUAUCGACGUGGGUAUUCUUCAGUUCAGCCGCGUCGCUCACCUUCUUCAUGGGAUUUGCGUGAUCGUAACCUUCAGGACGCCCAAGAGCGAUGCGAUCGUUACUGGAACCUAUACCGCUUCUGGCAAAACGAAGCCGAUCGACGUCGAGGGUUUCUAUAUUGAAGACGACUUCUUAUCGACAGUCACCGAGUAUACAUUGUUGACUCAGUCGUUGCGCACAAAACACUUUAUUUCCGAGCAGAGGUACUCCUACUUAUUUUUUACCAACUAUCUACUUUUAUUGUCUUUCAUUUGCUCGCCUACGUGCAUACAGACACACACUAGUCUUACUCGUGCCCUAUUGCUUCUGCUUCCGUUAGCAAAAACGGAUGUCUUCCACCCACUUUGAAACCCUCUGCUUAGAUGGCUUAAGUUCGUCAACAUCUAAAUAGCUAGUCGGCUGACGCAAACUGGCUUGUGCGAUCAUACAUUCACAGACAAAACAGAAGUGUACAUAUUUAUUAUUUUAUCCUUUUUAAAUACUUGAUGCACCAAGUAACUGAUUUUCUAUGGUGACCAGCACCACUUCCUAACCAGUUCGCAUAUCAAUCGUACUGCAACUUGUAUUGUCAAAUUCUGUGAUAGAUCUUUAUCGUGAGAUUGUAGUUCAUACAAUAAAACCGCUUGUCAAGCUUCCAUCUUCUUUUGGAAUUUCGUCUAUCUCGGUCAACG